AUGGGACCGGGACUGCCCUUUUGACGCGGAGCGGAACCCACACCACACCACGGCGGCUGCACGCGCGCGCCACCACCAGGCACCAGCCACCAGAUCCCGGCGUCAUAAAAUUCCCCGCGCGGCCGUGCCUCCCACCAGCCACCUCUGCUCACUCAGCUUCCUUCCUUCCUACACACCACCAACCGAAGGCCGCGCGCGCCAUCCAGCCAUGGGCAACUGCCUGAACACGGCCGCCAAGCGGGGUCACCGCGGCAUGCUUCUGCCGGAAGAGGAGGAGAGCCUCUCGGAGAUGAGAAGGAUAAGCCAGCUGCUGCGGGAGGAGGAGGAGGAGAUGGUGGCCGUAGCUCCGGCGGAGGGCCUCAAGGUGAAGGUCGUGCUGACGCGCGGCGAGCUCGAGUGGCUCGUGGCGCAGCUCAAGGGCGGCGAGCGGCGCCUCGAGGACGCGAUCCACCACAUGCAGGCCGCCAACCACGCCAAGGGAGUCGGCGACGGCGGCUGGCGGCCGUGCCUCGAGAGCAUCCUCGAGUGCCCGGAGACCCAGAGCUGAUGAGCUGCUGAGGCCGGCCACGCUCGUUCUCUCCUUAAAUACUAGUAUAAUUCAGAUCUUGUCCGCGCGUGGUGCAUGUAGUAGGUUCUUGCUCUCUCGUCGCUCGCUCGCUGCUUCGAAUGGAUAUGGAUCCAUGGAUCGGAUCAUCGGAAUCAUAUUGGAGGGAGAGGCUUUUGCUCCGCUGUAU